GUGCUGCAGCGGAGCGGCGGAGGCCGCGGUGGUGGCGUGCUGCGCGUGGGGUAAGGGGUGUUGUCUCCCGGCGACCAGACGCGGACGACAUGGAAGUGAAAGAUGCAAAUUCUGCGCUGCUCUGUAACUAUGAGGUGUUCCAGUUACUAACGGAUCUGAAAGAGCAGCGUAAAGAGAGUGGAAAGAAUAAGCACAGUUCUGGGCAACAGAACUUGAAUACCAUCACCUAUGAAACAUUAAAAUACAUAUCAAAAACACCAUGCAGACACCAGAGUCCUGAGAUUGUCAGAGAAUUUCUCACAGCCAUGAAAAGCCACAAAUUGACCAAAGCAGAAAAGCUUCAGCUGGUGAAUCACAGGCCUGUGACUGCUGUUGAGAUCCAGCUGAUGGUGGAAGAGAGUGAAGAGCGGCUCACAGAAGAGCAGGUGGAGGCCCUUCUCCUCACAGUCACCAGCAUCCUGCCUGCAGGGCCUGAGACUGAGGAGAAGAAAGCCCCCAGUAACGAGGUGGCAAUGGAGGAAGAGGACCCAGCCUAGAAGAGCACACAACAGCUGGCCCAGGCCUUUGAUGCAGUUAGGGCCCAGCAGCCAUUUCCUGGACACUGAGAGAGUUGUUUAUUUGAUUUUACCCUGAUUUCAUGGUAGGUUGGGAGGAAAUCACAAAAAUAAGCUGACAAGAAGUAUGGAUGCCUCAGGGAAAAGAAAUGUGGUGAAGGCAGGCUGAGAGCAAAAGGGGAGGGCAGUGGAUGACCAGAUGCUCUAAGGUUGAGGUUCUUUAUGGCCUUGACCACAGCGGCCGUGAGGCCGAGCACACAGCUAGUACACUAUUCGUGUUGCCUUUGAUGAGCCAGGUUGUAAUGAAUUUCAUUGGCUUCCCCAGGAACUUCCUGGGGAAGGCACUCACAAUGCUAUUGAGAUGAGAGCCGACUUGCAAUUACAGAAAUCCAGUGUUGUGCCUGGAAGGUCCAGAGCAGCAAGUAGUUACUGUGAAGCUGGCUCAUCUCUCAGGAAAUUCCAAGAGUAAAGAUAAGAAAGAGUGAUAAGCGAAGAAUGGACUGGCCUAUGCUUCCCAGGGUCUGAGGAACCUUUCUCUCCUCUGUUGGCACAGGCGUGGUUGACUGGUGUACUAAUUUGUCUUACUAUACUAGGCCAUCUUAGUAGGCCAGCUCACUGAGCUCAGAGGAGGCACUGCAGACAGAGGCAGUCAAACAAAUGCAUGCUGGCUGACCUCUGACUACUUAUUUGUAUUUCCUGUCCUGAGAAACAGCUUCAUUGUCUACUUAGAGCCGGUGGUCAGCUUCCUGUACAUCCUUAAAUGUGGCACAGUUGUGUGGCUCUUAGGAAAAUGUGAAAAUCAGAGCUUGGUUAAUAACGAUUUGAAUUUAUGAUGCAAGAUUGCAUUAGCUAUUUAAAAUAUUAAAAGACCUUUUUUAAAUCAGACUUUGCAAAGUUUAGUAACACUACAUCUGAAAAUCCGACCUCCUACUUACACUGCUCUCUUGUUUGGGGAAGAAAAUACCCCAUAAACAUUAGUUUUCCUAGAGAUUGCUCAUUUUGUUGUGGAUUAUAUAUUCUUAGUGCUACUAUUACUUGAAUUACUUCUGACCUUGUAAUUCCCAGCUUAUUUCAAAUCACCCAUCUCCUCCCCCUUUCCCUGAUCUCAGCCUCGCCCACCUUGCCCUCUGAGGAACAGCUGGCAGCAAUGCUGAGGCAGCAGGAGGGUUUUGUUCCUAAAUCUCCCUUGAGUUUUGGGGAUUUGAUCAGAAGCCAUGGAUGGAUUUGUUGAGUCACAACGUGUGUCUGCACACAUGUUACAUGGUUUUUCUUGACAGAUUUAACAUUUAAAGCAGUUAAUUGCUACCAGGUGAUUGCCUACUAGUGACAUUUUACAAAUCCUGGAAGAGUUUAUAUUGUUGAGGAUUGAGAAAAAUAAAAUGAAAUCUGA